AAUUUCAUAGUGUAAGUGUCAACCACCAAAUUUUAGUAACUACCGAUGAAACUACCAGACACAUUCAAAUUAGUUUUAAUUGUUUGAAUGUCAUAUAGAACUGGAAAACUUAUAAUAUAAACAUAUAUAAAAAGCGUCGAUAUUAUGGCAUUAGUGAAUGAACCGCCAAGGAAGCGACGUUUGGUGCAUAACGAACAUACAAGGUUACUCAAUUUUGAAGAAGACGAUGAUUUAGAGUUAUUUCAGAAAGAAGCAAUAUGGAGACGAGCUCAUGAAUAUGACAUCCUCCUGCUUGAAGACAAAAAAGCUCAAGAAAAAUGGAGUGAAUUAUUAGAAAAAUUUAAUCAUUAUAUAUUGCAAGUCUGCAAUCAUCAUCAAGAACUUAUGAGUUAUUUGCAAAAGUUAGCAUCUCCGUUGAUUGACAAAGAAAGAACUAAGGAUUUACCAAAAGAGUUGUCUUUCGAGAAAGCUUUAUAUUUUGAAAAAAAUGAUUUAGUCUCUGAUGAUUUGCAGUCUUAUUUCUCAGACUUCGACAAGAUCUUGAAAUCAAUUAUCUCUAAUGGUAUUUUAGCGAAGUUGGAUGAAGCAAAUGUUUCUGAAUGGAACCAGUGGAUUCAAGAGAAGGAAGGCCAAUUUUUGAUGACUUUUGAAACCUACUUUCAACGACUGAAACUUGCCCUUUUAAAAAAAGAGCUCACGUAUACUUCUGAUAGGCAGCACUCUGCAGAACUAGAAUGGAAACAGUUACAACAGCAAAAUAUUACGCUUGAACUAGAGCACAGCAUAGAACGAAAAAAGGAGCAGACUCUUCAUUUGGCAGACUCGAAGGAUGAUUCAGAGGCUUUCAAAAGGAACGUUUCGCAGGAUGAUGAGAACGUCGUCAAGCUAAAAAAUAAUUUCGACUCACAAUCUAGCAUGAUGAAAAGAAAUGUUGAUCAAAAAUUAUACCAGGUAUUAGAAAAACAAAGAGAGGCGGCCCAUUUAUAUAUCGAAUUGCUCUCUGCGACUGAUCGAGCUUUAGAGAAGACACCUGAAUACCAAGGCUUAUUGGAAAAGCUGCAUGAAAACGAAAACAAUGUGAGAAAUAUAAACAGUCAGCUUGCAUCAGUUUCCAGUGAAUUACAGACAUUCGUAUCUCAACGAACUAAAAUACAAAUAGAGGAUACACAACAAAAAAUGAACGAAAUAAAAGAGAAACAAGCACGAAUUGAAGAACUUGAAAGGUCGUUAACUUUAAUGAGAACGGAGCGUGAUGGUCUCGUCGUACAGCAACAAAUGUCGAACACUAACGAUGUAUAUUUCCAAGAAAUAUUACAGACCCUAACCCUUCUCACUGAUUCGAAAAAAUCAAUUUUGGAAGCUCAUAAGACUAAGCUCGCUUAUUUGGAGUGGGUAAAUAGUUAUGACUUGCAAACGAAUGUAGGUGACCAGAAAGAUGAGGAAGUGGAAAAGGUUUCUAGGAAUAAUGCUUGUUUAGAAGCAGAACUUCCGGGAAUGCAUUUAGCUUUUAACAAGGCGUACUCAAAGUUGAGAAAUAAUUUAGACUUGCUUCAGAGUAAUGAAGAAGCCGUCAAAAAAGCCCAUUACGAUAAAUCUAGAGCUGCGCAAAAGUACUUUUCUGCGAUGAAAUCGCGCGAUUUAUUGAUUACAGAAAGUAAAACCUUAAAGUUGGUUAACAGUAAAGGCCAGGAAUUUGUUAAUAAGCUUUCUGAACGUGAAAACGUGUUGGCUAAAUAUCAGUCAUCUCUCAAGGAAAUGGAAAUUGUAUAUAAACAAAUUAAGGACAUUUUUGGAAGAUAUUCCACAGGAGUCCUUGAAGAAGAUAAGCGUUUGCAAAUUAGAAAUUCCGAUCUUGAACAAAAGUUCAAAAGCUUACAAGAAUCUAUUGAGCUCACUAAUGAAGAUACUCACGCUGCACGCGAAAAGUAUUAUUCUUUACAAAUCAAGGAAGCUCAACUAAGUUUGAAAGAUGAAUACAAUCAGAAAGAGUCAGCUCUUAUAGAAAAGGCUUACGAAACCGAAGAGGCACAGGUUUAUAAAGGAAUGCUGAAAUGCCAGAUGUGUGAUUAUUCAAACUGGAAAAAUAGGCUUAUACCCACAUGUGGCCAUGCGUUUUGUUCGAGUUGUAUAGAAUCCAGGCUAAAGCAGAAAGAUCGUGCUUGUCCCAUCUGUGAAACCAUAUAUAACUCAGCGGAUAUAGUGACAAUUCAUCUUUAAUAUCUUUACUCUUUUGUAUCCUACGAAUCUAUUUAUUAUUUUUUGUUUUUUGGGGGACUUUUGAAUAAUACCUUCUUUUUUAUUUAUACUACUUAUAUGUUAGCUUUUAAAAAUAUGUACACUAAAUGAAUGUAAAUGUUAAAAACGAAAUGACUUCAUCCCAAUUUGAGGAUAAAAAAUAGAGACGUACCACAUCUCACUUCUGCAUUCAUC